GAGGCCGGGGGCGGAGCCGCGGUGGAAGCGAAAGCGAAACGGCGCCGGCCGGAGCUACGGUCCGGGAGGCGGCCGCGCCGGACGGGCCCAGGCGCUGCAGAAAUGGACCCGGAGGAGGAGUCCUUCAUCCGGCUGUCCACACCUGUGGAAGUGGAGAUGACCCCCGAGCAAGUCUGGCAGGAGAUCGAGCAUUGCAAGGAGCUUUGCAGUGCUCUGGAGCAAGACUGCGUGGAGCUGCAAAGAGCCAAGGAAGCUGCAGAGCAGAGGACACGAGAGCUGUGGAAAGAGGGCGAAUACCUUCACAAACGUCUCGAGCAACAAAUGUCUCUGAGCAGGGUCCACGCAGCAUCCUGCCAGUGCUCAUCAUGUCUUUCCUUCCGGGAGAGCAUUUGUUUAGCAAAGGAGAAGAGGAGCAGGCUGAGGCAGGAGAAGCAGAUGCUGGAAGAGAGACUGGAAGAAGUGAAGAGGAGGGGCCUCACGGAGGAUCUGGCGACGCUUCUGCCCUCCCUGCCGGAGAAGAAAAUGGUGUUUAAGGGCCAGGUGACGGACAAGGAGGACGUGAGCACGCUGAUGCUCAAGCCGCAGAUCCGCUCCCCGCUGCUGGGUGGCUCAGCCCUCAUCACCUUCGAGAAGCCAGAGGUGGCCCAGGGGAUCCUGGAGCUGAAGGAGCACGUCGUGGAGCUGAGCCACAGGGAAGAGCUGGACAAGUGCCGAGUGCGAGUGCGGGCAGAACCGGUGGAGCUGCUGCUGCCCUCUGCCCUGGAGAUCAGCCUGAGCCGGAGCUGCCGGCGGAUCCUGGUGUCUGGCCUGCCCAGCCUGGGCCUCUCCGAGGAGAUGCUGCGGGACAAGCUGGAGCUCUUCUUCAGCAAGACGAAGAACGGGGGCGGCGAGGUGGAGAGCCUGGAGUUCCUGGACGACGCUGGCCAGGUGGUGCUGAGCUUCGUGCAGGAAGGAGUGGCGGAGCAGCUAAUAGCUAGAGGACACAUCCAGUUCCCUAUCAGAAAAACAAAAUAUGAGCUCAAAAUAUCACCCUACAUGAGUGGAGACAUCACCAGCCUGCAGCUGCAGCCGUCCCGCUGUGCCAGGACCGUCCGUCUCUCGGGGAUCCCGGAUGUGCUGGACGAAGAGCUCAUGAGGGAUGCCCUGGAGAUUCACUUCCAGAAGAGCAGCCGCGGCGGGGGGGAGGUGGAUGCCCUCAGCUACGUCCCGGAGGGGCGACAGGCUGUGGCCGUGUUUGGGGAGGACGUGGGUUAGUCCUCGCCAAGGCCACCCGGAAGGGCCCCGUCCCGCCGGCUGCUGCCGUGCCGCGGUCGCUGGCCCACGGGCCCUGCGCGGGAAUAAAGCUCUUGCGGGGCA